AUGGUUUCCGCUCAAUCCGUUCUCUCCCGCAAGGCCGGUGUCAUCGUCGGCGACGAUGUCCUCGCGCUCUUCCAGCACGCCAAGGACGAGGGCUAUGCCAUCCCCGCCAUCAACGUGACCUCCUCCUCCACCGUCGUUGCGUCUCUCGAGGCUGCCCGCGACGCCAAGUCGCCCAUCAUCCUCCAGACCUCGCAGGGUGGUGCUGCCUACUUCGCCGGUAAGGGCGUCGACAACAAGGACCAGGCUGCCUCCAUCGCUGGAGCUGUCGCGGCCGCACACUACAUCCGUGCUAUUGCCCCCGCCUACGGCAUUCCCGUUGUCCUCCACACCGACCACUGCGCGAAGAAGCUUCUGCCAUGGUUGGACGGCAUGCUCGACGCCGACGAGGCCUACUUCAAGGAGCACAACGAGCCCCUCUUCUCCUCCCACAUGAUCGAUCUGUCCGAGGAGGAGGUCGAGUGGAACGUCCAGACCACCAAGAAGUACCUCCAGCGCGCUGCCCCCAUGAAGCAGUGGCUCGAGAUGGAGAUUGGUAUCACCGGUGGUGAGGAGGACGGUGUCAACAACGAGGACGUUGACAACAACUCCCUCUACACCCAGCCCGAGGACAUCCUGCACAUCUACAAGGAGCUGUCCUCCGUCUCCCCCUACUUCUCCAUUGCUGCCGGCUUCGGCAACGUCCACGGCGUCUACAAGCCCGGCAACGUCAAGCUCCAGCCCGGUCUGCUCAAGAAGCACCAGGCCCACGUCAAGGAGGCCGUCGGCGCCAAGGAGGAGAAGCCCGUGUUCCUCGUCUUCCACGGCGGCUCCGGCUCCAGCGUCGAGGACUUCCGCGAGGCCAUCUCCUACGGCGUCGUCAAGGUCAACCUCGACACCGACAUGCAGUACGCCUACCUCGCCGGUAUCCGCGACUACGUCCAGAACAAGUCUGGCUACCUCCAGUCCCAGGUCGGUAACCCCGACGGCGACGACAAGCCCAACAAGAAGUACUACGACCCCCGUGUCUGGGUCCGCGAGGGCGAGAAGACCAUGUCCAAGCGCAUCGCUGUUGCGCUCGACGACUUCCACGCCGCCGGCAAGUUGUAG